UUUUUUUUUUUUUUUUUUUUUUUUGUGCAGAAGUCAUGUCUGAACAUUUUGAAGCCAUCUGGCAGUUUGGUGGCUUCAUAUCGUGGUUAUGUUCUGAAUAAGCCUAAAAGAUAGACAAGAGAGAGAGGGAGUGUUUGGAAGGGCAAAUUUGCCAGCAGCCACAUUUCUGGUGCUUAACUUCACAAUGAAAUACUUUGCUGUUGUCACCAUGAAUCUUAAUGAUUAAUUCUUUGCUUCUGGCAGUCAUGGAAUAUUGAAAAUUGCUAGAAAUACAAUCCAGACGAAGAGUGAGCCUGAGCCAACUUCCUGUCACAUGGAUGCCAUAUACAAAUGGAUGGAUAUUAUUUUAUAUAACAUUCCUCUAACACUUUCAACUAGUUGUUUUUUUUGGUUUUUUUUUUAUAUUCUACAAAAAAUGAAAAAGUUAUUUCUGAGCUGUUCAUUGUUUUCCUGUGCUGUGGUGAAAUAAUAAGAUUUGCAUGUGAUUUUUAUGUGCCUGUCUUAUGUGUUCACUCACCUGUGGAGACCAAUCAACAGCCACCAAUUUCACAAGAGCACCAGAAUAUUCUGUUAACAAAUAGAAGUUCUGUAUUUAGUGAAAAUACUGAGAUCUACUGUUCAUAUAGGGAAUCUCUACUUUCUGGAAUCCUAUGCAUCCGUGAGGUAUCUCCGAGAAGGAGCAAGGCAGCUGCUGCACUCAAUUUGUUCAAAUUCCCAGUUUUCAGCAGGACUUGGAACAAGAUGCAUGGCAUGCAACAAGCCAUCUGAUUAAUCAGCAGAGAAAUUGCAAACAUAGCAAUGUUUCAAGAUGAUAUAGGAAGAUCUGAUACUGUGUUUUCCUUGUCUCCUUGUGCUUUCCAUAUAUAGAUCUUUGCCCUUGCUCUUCCCCUCAUCUCCAUGAGAGUUCAUGUGAGGUUUGUAGUUUGACUAAACACAGGGCUGCCUGGAGUCUCUGCCUUUUGUUUUUUGCCUUCCUAAUUGGCUUUUACUGGUUAUUUUUCAAGCAUGAUGGUGUCAACUCAAUUUGCUCAGGAGUCAAUCAUGUGACAUCAUGAUGCUUAUGCAAACACUUCUUCCAUUUUGCAGAUUUAUUACCUCAGUAUUUUCCAAAGGUGCUGUCCAGAGCAAAUCACUGACAUGGAUGUCCUCUAGGGUGAUCAGUGGGAGGGAAAGAAAUCUUAAUAAAGCCAAGGGCUUUUGGUUGGCUUCACUGAAGCUGCUUCUCCUGGUGCUUACAGGAUGAUAUCGUUAAGUUCUGCUGCUCUUUUUAGCUCUUUAUGAUCUUAAGAGUGUAGAGUGGUCUUGGCAGCAAGAAGUUGCCUUGUUCAAGAAGUUACCUUGUUAAGUAUUAUUUUAACCUCUACAAUUGUGGGAUUUCUGUGAUACUGUGGCAGUGGUUUUGCAAAAUUGCACUUCUCCACAGAACAGGUGGAAGAUGCUUUUCAAUGUUGAGUCAAUGUAUUGAUGGGGGAAGAGAAAUUGCUGAAGUCUCAGUGGUGGAAGCCGUGACUGACUUAUGAUCCCUUUUUGUGGGUUUAGCGAACAGUUUAUAUUCCAGUUGGUCACAAUUUUUCCUAUUCCCAGGGGAAAGGGUUAUGUUUUAAUCCCAGGCCCACUGGAAGUUAAAGGAGCUUUAGAACUUGAGCAUGAAAACUGCAGCUAAUGGAUGAAAAUGAAACAAAAAGUGCUCUUUCAGAAAGCUGAUGUGGGCCGACUGGAAACGCAUAUUCUACUCUGAUAUCUUAAGGGAACAAUGCAGGGUUAAAAAAAGGAACUUGGAGCGGAUUUGUGGAUCAGAUGCCGUGGGCAUACCACUCAUACCUUGCAUGUAUCGUUUAUUUUAGUCCCUCAUCCCAAGAGCCCUUUGCCUUGCUGUUGAGGAUUCAGGCAUACUCUGGGGAGCGCUGGGGGUGAGGUAACGGGAGCUGCCAGGGAUCCUGGCAGAGUGAACACUGCAGCACCUCCGUGUGUCCUCCACAGGCUUUUGGAAUCUCUGUAAAGGGCUGAAUUUCACAGGUCACAGCAGGGCUGGCUUUGAGUUGUGCUGUUUGGAAGGGUUUGGAGACUUCUGAAAAAUUACGGCAGGCUAUCCUUUUAUAGUGAUUGCAUUUCAGUCUUUGAGGUUUGCUCUUAUGUGCUGCUAAAGAAGAAUAGGAUGGGACCACUGGCUUCCUGUUCACUCAUUGGGAAAGCCUUUAAAGAGAAGUUAUAACUAUCUUCUAGCAGAAGUUACAGAAUUUGCUGCUUUAAAUUUUGUAUGAUGGCUGAUAUCCUUGUCAAAGUAAAGGAAAAAAGUUAACUAAAGGAUUUACAGAAUUGGUAGAUACUUUCUAUUCAAGAGCAGUAGACUACAGAGGAGCAUAUGGCAGAUUUUUUUGGGGAUGAAAUGUUGGGCUUGGUGAUUUCAGCUUAUUUAAUGUUUGGAGUAUUGUUUUCCUAUCCUCAUUUUAUUUUUUUUUUUUUUUGCAUUAAUGAAAGAUAAUGAAUGCUUCUGGCUAUAGAAUUCUAAUUCUGUGGAUGUUUUGGCAAAUGAUCUAGCUGGCAUAAUUUAGAUGGCAAUAUAGCAAACAUAGUAUUUACAUGAUGGAUGGUGGUUGAGCAGACAUUUAAAAAAAAAAAAGUCAUACAAAAUUCACGCAGAUCCUUUUGGCAUUUUAUAACUCUGAAUUUUGUUCCUGUGGCUGCACAUUCUAUGUGCCUACAAUUUCAACAGUUACAGUAUAAAUGACAAAAUGUAAGCAAAUUUUAUCUUGAUAGUGGCCUUGUAAAAGCCUGUUAGGUGUGCACAGAGGUGUGCACUUGUACUCCUGUUUAAAAGUCUCAUCUGGGGCACACAUUAGCUAUUAUUUUAAUGACUAGAAAAUAAUUUUUAUAUAAAUAAAUAUCUCAGAUACUACCAUUUUUUUUCUCUGAUGUAAGAAGUUUUUAAAACUAAGGGCCCUUCAUAGGUGUAAGUUGCAUGAACACACAUCUGUACUGAUCCUAUUCACCAACCAUUUGCUCUCUGAAAAGGGUUUCUGAAAUACCACAGAAAUAGAAAUCCCAUGCACUGGUGGGCUUCAGCUGACUUUUCAUCUUUGUCGACUUUGUCUGAAAUGUCAUCCACUACAGUUUCAGAAAAAAAAAAUUUCUCCUUGCAAAAUCUGGACCAGUGACUCCAGAUUAUGGUUGUAACUAUUUCAGCUUGCCUUUCCCUUUCUUGGAGAGAUAUUUAUAUUGUUUUGCAUCUCAUGUCAAACCAUGUUUUUCUUUCUGCUGAAUUCCGCCAUGUGUUGCUUUGUUUGCAAGUCACUUCCAAGCCAGUAAUCAUAAGCACUCCAUCUGGUUGGGGAGCAGUGUAGUGAUAAUGUAAAAGGACGUUUCCACUAUUCUGUUUAAAAGAAUUCUCCAUCUGUACCAAAUCUGCCAUUUUAAUGAGACUGUAAAGGGGUUUUGUUGCUUUUUUUCUGGAGGGGAGGAGGCUGAUUGUUGAGACGGUUUUUGUCUCGCGUGUUCUGCUAAUUACAUGAUUGUAUCCAAGGCCCUUUCUUUUUCCUAAGCUAAGAAUUACUAUAGGAAUUGGCAGAUCAUGUAAUUCAGGAUGCAAAGGAAUAAAAGGAUCCUGGAAAUUUUACCCAAAAUCUAUAAGACAUUGAUUUUGCCAUUAGUGUUGAGCCUUUCUGUUAUUACCCUUUGUUAAUAGCGUGCAUUGAGAAAUCAUACUGAAUGCUCUAAAACGGAUUCACAAGGUUAAAAAAGAAAAUACAGUGUCACUAUGAUUUAUGGCAGUCAGUAAUCAGAGCUGAAUUGAUGGAUGUGAAUGUGCUGAGAUGAUUUUUUGGUGCUGGCAGAUUUAAAUUUUUCUUUGUGCUUCUCUUUUGUAAUUCUGAUCGUUACUCUUUUAAAAUUAAUGGAGAGGGAAUUGGACAACUGCUCUUGUGGGAAUGUCACAGCCUAAACCAGGCUGGUUUUGUGGAGGUUAAUAGGCAGUGGCCUGGGUCAGCCAUCCACUGGUGUCAUCACAGUGAUGUGAACUUGAAAACCAGGAGCCAGCGACUGGAAAAGCAAAGCAGCCGUAGCAGAAGGAAUGAGUGGGCAGUGUGGGGAGACCGGUGUCAGGGAGCUCCUGAGGGAGCAGCUGGCACCACACCAAGCUGGCACUGGCCACAGCCCUGGGCUGCCUGAGGAACAGGGGCACAGCCCGCCAGCAAAACAGCAGAGACCGUGUGGAAUCCUUGUCCCUAAAAAUGUUCUUUCUCCACUGCCAGCUUGGCUUUGGGAUUGCCAGUUGUGUGUCACUGGCCUGUGCCAGGAGCUGCAGUGCAGGGGCGUGGGGCACCACCCCACAGUGGGCUUGGUCAUCUGCAGGGACUCGUGACUUUCUGUAAAACUGCCCAAUUUAAUCCUUUCAUCUACAAAAGAGACCUAUUUGGCAAGUUUUAAAUUUCAUGUGAUUCCCUUGAAUGCUAUUACAGAAAUCAUCAUAUUUCCUUUCUCCUUGUUCUCAAGCACCUUUUCAAAGGCAGAAGAAAGCUAUUUAGGUACCUGGGCUUUAUUUAGAGGCAACUUUUCUUCAGUUAGAAACAAAAAUUCAGACACUGAAUAGUAAUCCUGUUAUCUUGGCUUUCUGGAACUGGGAUGUUUGCAUUUAUUGUUUUGAAAUUACAGUUCUCAGCCCUCAAAACUAACAGUAAUGCUAAAUCAACAUUCAGUUUUAUAAAUUGAAUAUUCAGGAUACUUUGUUUUGCGUGGUGGCUUGCAGCAACAGCAUUGCUGAGGUAGCUGUGGGGCGGUGAUUGAAAUCUCUGCUACAGGGAGCUCUGUGCAGAUAUGUCAGUGAGGUAAAUUCAUUUAAACUGGCUUGGUCAUCCUUUUGUACUUAUAUUGAGGUAGGAGGCUCCUCCACUCUGCAGACAGCUGUUGGCUUCUCUGUAUUCAGUCAGUGGCAGAAGUGGGUCUUACUCAUGAAUCCUAUCAUGUCAUCAGCAAAAUGUGCAGGAACACAGGUUAGUUGUUAAUAGAAUGUAUCAUCAGUGACAUUAAUGAGGUAUUUUCAAGCCAGGUCCACCUGAGUGCAUGGCUGGUGCACGAGGGCCCCAGAUUUUGCACUUUCUGAAUACAGAGAUGUCUACAUAGAGAACUGGUGUGAUAACAAGUGUGAUAACAACUUUGGUGUUUAAACUCAAGAGUGCAGAGCUCCUCCCUGGUGGCUGCACUCCAAUUGAUGCAAACAUGGAGAUAUAUUUCUAGAAAAUUUAAAUUAUCCCAGUAGUGUUUUACAUACAGCUUAUUUUCUUUCAUCAACACUUCUCAAAUGAGACAUUAGGCCUAUCUUGUCUGACCAAAAUAUUAGGCCAUGAUUAUUUUCCUCCUCUUCGACUUUGCUGUUCUUUUGUGCCAGAGAAUAUCUGUUUCCAGCUCACAGGUGUGAGGCAUGAUGUGUGACAGGCAAGUCACACAUCAUUGCAGUGCAAUUCAGUGGUGAAUUGAAGAGAUUUCAAUAUUCCCUUUCUCAGAAGGUGGGCAUUCUUUAAAGCCACUCCUAAUGUAAGUAACUGUAGGGAAGCACAAAGAAAAUUCCUGUUGCUGAUGAUAGCUUCCAUUGAAGAGGAAGAAGUCUGCUUCUAAAAUCAGGAACUUCUCUCUGGGCUUCCCUCUGAAACAAAAUUAUUUUGCCCUGGUGUUGCUUUUAAUCUCUCUAGUUUAGGACUUGAAGUACAUAGAGAACAGCCUUUUGGUUCAUGAAAAUAGCCUCUAGAACCAGCAACACAAACCUAUCAUAAUUAGUCAUCAGAAAAUCUGAAUAAAUAUAAAAUUACCAUGGAGUGGGAGGCAGGCAUAUGUGGUAUUCAAAACACACGGAGUGUAAAAUGAUGUUAUUGUUGCCUUUAGAAAUAGUUCAAAGUAGUCUGCAUUAGAAAGAGCUGAUAAGCAGAAUGACAAAAGCUUGUUUCAUGAGUGAUUCCAAGCAGCAGUGGUUUUCUGAUCAGCUGAUGCUGCAGCUAUUUUGGGUAUUCCACAGAUCAUGAUUACAUACACGGGGAAUGAUUGGAGGCAGCAAAUAUGGUAAGUGAGCCAGGAAUCCUGGGACACACUCUGUUACUAACUUAACAGUCUUCUAUUCACUUGUCUUUGCCAUUUAAAUCGCCAAGGGAAGUGUAACAAGUGACCGUGCUUAGUUCCUUAAAAAAAAAAAAAAAAAAAAAGAAAAGAAAAAAAAAAAGAAAAGCACUUCCUGAGGCUGCUAUUUUUAGCAAUGGUGCAGUGUCCAAAGUGUUAACUAAUUGAGUCAUCAGGUUUCAUAUCUGGCCACAGAAAAUGGCAGUGGAAGAGGGAGAAUGCUUUCCAGAACAAUCUGACACAAAUGCAAGUUACCUGAGAGCAGCUCGAGCUGGCAACUUGGAAAAGGCUCUUGACUACUUAAAAAAUGGAGUGGACAUCAACAUUUCAAAUCAGAAUGGGUUGAACGCUCUCCAUCUCGCUUCCAAAGAAGGGCAUGUAGAAGUUGUCUCUGAGCUGAUCCAGCGAGGUGCCAGUGUGGAUGCAGCCACAAAGAAAGGAAACACAGCAUUGCACAUAGCAUCCCUCGCUGGACAAGCAGAAGUCGUCAAAGUGUUGGUUACAAAUCGGGCCAAUGUCAAUGCACAGUCUCAGAAUGGCUUCACUCCAUUGUACAUGGCAGCCCAAGAAAACCACCUGGAGGUUGUUAAGUUUCUUCUUGACAAUGGUGCCAGUCAAAGCCUUGCCACAGAGGAUGGUUUCACACCUUUGGCAGUAGCUUUGCAGCAAGGCCAUGACCAGGUGGUUUCCCUGCUGCUGGAAAAUGACACCAAGGGGAAAGUCCGCCUGCCUGCCCUGCACAUCGCGGCUCGCAAGGACGACACCAAGGCGGCGGCUCUGCUGCUGCAGAACGACCACAACGCCGACGUGGAGUCAAAGAUGAUGGUGAAUAGAACAACAGAGAGUGGGUUCACUCCCCUCCACAUAGCUGCUCACUAUGGGAAUAUCAAUGUAGCCACGUUGCUGUUAAAUCGGGGUGCUGCAGUGGACUUCACUGCAAGGAAUGAUAUCACGCCAUUACAUGUUGCAUCAAAAAGGGGAAAUGCAAAUAUGGUCAAACUCCUACUUGAUCGAGGAGCUAAAAUUGAUGCCAAAACAAGGGAUGGGCUGACCCCCCUCCACUGUGGAGCAAGAAGUGGCCAUGAACAGGUUGUAGAAAUGCUGCUGGAUCGUGGUGCCCCUAUUCUUUCCAAAACCAAGAAUGGUUUGUCUCCGUUGCACAUGGCAACACAAGGGGAUCAUCUAAACUGUGUUCAGCUCCUGAUCCAGCACAACGUGCCUGUGGAUGAUGUCACCAAUGACUACCUGACGGCGCUUCAUGUUGCUGCCCACUGCGGCCACUACAAAGUUGCCAAGGUUCUCUUGGAUAAGAAAGCUAAUCCCAAUGCCAAAGCACUGAAUGGUUUCACACCUCUUCACAUUGCCUGCAAGAAGAACAGAAUAAAAGUAAUGGAACUUCUUCUAAAGCACGGUGCAUCAAUUCAAGCUGUAACUGAGUCGGGCCUAACUCCAAUCCAUGUUGCUGCCUUCAUGGGACAUGUAAAUAUUGUAUCACAGCUAAUGCAUCAUGGAGCAUCCCCCAACACUACCAAUGUGAGAGGAGAGACAGCGCUGCACAUGGCAGCCAGAGCUGGCCAGACAGAGGUCGUCCGGUACCUGGUACAGAACGGAGCCCAGGUGGAGGCAAAAGCCAAGGAUGACCAAACGCCGCUGCACAUUUCUGCCCGCCUGGGGAAGGCAGACAUCGUGCAGCAGCUGCUGCAGCAGGGAGCCUCUCCCAACGCGGCCACCACCUCAGGCUACACACCCCUGCACCUUUCUGCUCGGGAAGGGCACGAAGAUGUAGCUGCUGUUCUUUUGGAUCACGGUGCAUCGCUGUCUAUCAUCACCAAGAAAGGAUUCACUCCACUACAUGUGGCUGCAAAGUAUGGGAAAAUUGAGGUAGCCAACCUCCUGCUUCAGAAGAAUGCAUCUCCUGAUGCUUCUGGAAAGAGCGGUUUAACACCACUGCAUGUAGCUGCACACUACGAUAAUCAAAAAGUGGCCCUCCUCCUGUUGGACCAGGGAGCUUCACCUCACGCCUCUGCCAAGAAUGGUUACACACCCCUGCACAUAGCUGCCAAGAAGAACCAGAUGGACAUUGCAACCACCCUGCUGGAAUACGGCGCCGACGCCAACGCCGUCACCCGGCAGGGCAUCGCCCCCGUGCACCUCGCCUCCCAGGACGGCCACGUGGACAUGGUGUCACUGCUGCUCUCCAGAAAUGCUAAUGUCAACCUCAGCAACAAGAGUGGACUGACGCCCCUGCACCUGGCUGCCCAAGAGGACAGGGUCAAUGUAGCAGAGGUUCUGGUUAACCAGGGAGCUGCUGUUGAUGCACAGACAAAGAUGGGAUACACUCCUUUGCACGUUGGCUGCCACUACGGAAACAUAAAAAUCGUCAACUUCCUUCUGCAGCACUCUGCGAAAGUCAAUGCCAAAACGAAGAACGGGUACACGCCGCUGCACCAGGCGGCACAGCAGGGGCACACGCACAUCAUCAACGUCCUGCUCCAGCACGGCGCCGCGCCCAACGAGCUCACUGUGAAUGGAAACACUGCCCUCGCCAUUGCUAAGAGACUUGGCUACAUUUCAGUUGUUGACACGCUGAAGGUGGUGACAGAAGAGACCAUGACUACAAUUACUGUUACAGAAAAGCACAAAAUGAAUGUACCAGAAACCAUGAAUGAAGUUCUUGAUAUGUCAGAUGAUGAAGUUCGUAAAGCCAAUGCCCCUGAAAUACUCAGUGAUGCUGAAUAUUUGUCAGAUGUUGAAGAAGGUGAGGAUGCAAUGACAGGCGAUACAGACAAAUACCUCGGACCCCAGGAUCUGAAAGAGCUGGGAGAUGAUUCUCUGCCUGCUGAAGGAUACAUGGGCUUCAGCCUGGGAGCGCGCUCUGCCAGUCCAAAAGUCAGCCUCCGCUCCUUCAGUUCGGAUAGGUCCUACACGCUGAACAGGAGCUCCUAUGCCCGGGACAGCAUGAUGAUUGAGGAGCUGCUGGUGCCAGCCAAGGAUCAGCACCUGACGUUUCAAAGGGAGUUUGAUUCUGAUUCUCUCAGGCACUAUAGCUGGGCUGCAGACACCUUGGACAAUGUUAACCUUGUUUCGAGUCCCAUCCAUUCUGGUUUCCUGGUGAGUUUUAUGGUGGAUGCACGCGGGGGUUCCAUGCGGGGCAGUCGGCACCAUGGCAUGAGGAUCAUCAUCCCGCCGCGGAAGUGCACGGCGCCCACCCGCAUCACCUGCCGCCUGGUCAAGAGGCACAAACUGGCCAGCCCACCACCCAUGGUUGAAGGAGAAGGAUUGGCAAGUCGCCUUGUAGAAAUGGGGCCAGCAGGGGCACAGUUUUUAGGCCCUGUCAUAGUGGAAAUCCCGCAUUUUGGAUCAAUGCGAGGCAAGGAAAGAGAACUGAUCGUGCUCCGAAGUGAGAACGGUGAAACGUGGAAAGAGCACCAGUAUGACAGCAAACAUGAAGACUUAACUGAAAUACUAAAUGGCAUGGAUGAAGAGCUGGACAGCGUGGAGGAGCUGGAGAAGAAGCGGAUCUGCAGGAUCGUCACCAAGGAUUUCCCCCAGUACUUUGCGGUGGUUUCCCGCAUCAAGCAGGAGAGCAACCAGAUCGGCCCCGAGGGCGGGGUGCUGAGCAGCACCACGGUGCCGCGCGUGCAGGCCUCCUUCCCCGAGGGGGCUCUGACCAAGAGAAUCCGCGUCGGCCUCCAGGCUCAACCAGUUCCAGAAGAGAUUGUCAAAAAAAUCCUUGGAAACAAAGCAACAUUCAGUCCCAUUGUCACUGUGGAGCCAAGAAGAAGAAAAUUCCAUAAGCCAAUAACCAUGACAAUUCCUGUGCCACCUCCAUCAGGAGAAGGAGUAACCAACGGGUACAAAGGAGACACGACUCCCAGCCUACGACUCCUAUGUAGCAUUACAGGAGGCACUUCGCCUGCGCAGUGGGAGGACAUCACGGGCACCACUCCGCUGACGUUUUCGAACGACUGUGUCUCCUUCACCACCAAUGUUUCUGCCAGAUUUUGGCUCGCAGACUGCCACCAAGUACUAGAGACUGUUGGGCUGGCAACACAGCUUUAUAGAGAAUUAAUAUGUGUUCCUUAUAUGGCAAAGUUUGUGAUAUUUGCCAAAAUGAAUGACCCUGUGGAAUCCAAUUUGCGCUGCUUCUGCAUGACUGAUGACAAAGUGGACAAAACUUUGGAGCAACAAGAGAACUUUGAGGAAGUUGCAAGAAGCAAAGACAUUGAGGUUCUUGAAGGAAAACCUAUUUAUGUUGAUUGCUAUGGAAAUCUGGCUCCUUUGACUAAAGGAGGACAGCAGCUUGUUUUUAAUUUUUAUGCUUUCAAAGAAAAUAGACUGCCAUUUUCUAUCAAGGUAAGAGACACCAGCCAGGAACCCUGUGGUCGAUUAUCAUUUUUGAAAGAACCAAAGACUACAAAAGGACUGCCACAAACAGCUGUUUGCAACUUGAAUAUCACUCUGCCAGCACACAAAAAGGAAACAGAGUCAGAUCAAGAUGAUGAGACGGAGAAAGCUGACCGGCGCCAGAACUUCGUCUCCCUUGCUUUACGUAAGCGCUACAGCUAUCUGACUGAGCCUGGAAUGAAAACAGUUGAACGGAGUGCAGGAGCAACAAGAUCCCUACCUGCUACUUACUCAUACAAGCCAUUCUUUUCAACACGGCCAUAUCAGUCAUGGACAACAGCUCCAAUUACAGUGCCUGGGCAAACCAAAUCAGGCUUCACUUCCUUAUCAAGCUCUUCCUCUAACACUCCUACAGCUUCCCCAUUAAAAUCAAUAUGGUCUGUUUCUUCUACUUCUCCAAUCAAAUCCACAUUAGGAGCUUCUACCACAUCUUCAGUUAAAUCUGUUAGCGAUGUAGCAUCUCCAAUUAGAUCAUUUCGGACAAUCUCUUCGCCAAUAAAAACUGUGGUCUCGCAGCCUCCCUACAACAUGCAGGUUACUUCAGGCUCUUUCAUCAGAGCUCCCGCAGUCACAGAAGCUGCCAGUCUCAAAGGGCUGGCCUCCACUACCACAUUCCCCUCUCGGACAUCUCCAGUGACUACAGCAGGAUCUCUCUUGGAGAGAUCAUCCAUAACCAUGACGCCUCCAGCAUCCCCCAAAUCCAACAUUAGCAUGUACUCUUCAAGCUUGCCACUUAAAUCGGUCAUCACAUCAGCAUCUUCACUUUUAUCGUCCCCUCUAAAGUCAGUGGUGUCACCUGCUAAGUCAGCAGUUGAUGCUGUUUCAUCCACUAAAGUCAUGAUGGCCUCGUCUCUCUCGUCGCCAGCAAAACAUGUAGCUGGGCACACAGAUGUACCAUUGCUCAAUGGGUCUGUGUCACCUCUGAAAUAUCCAUCUUCUAGCAACUUAAUAAAUGGAUCCAAAGCUGCAGGUGUUUUUCAAGACAAGAUCUCUGCAGCUGCACAUUCUGCAACUUGUGCCGCUAACGCAGUUGCUGACACGGCUGAGAGAGUGCUUUCAACAGCUACAACAAUGUCAUUUUCUCCACUCAGGUCAUUUGUGUCUUCAGCACCAUCAGCUUUCCAGACAAUGAGAACUCCUCCUGCAGGUGCUUUGUACACAGCCCUUGGGUCAAUAUCUGCAACUACCUCAUCAGUAACUUCAUCAACAAUAACAGUGCCAGUAUAUUCUGUAGUCAAUGUUUUGUCUGAACCAGCAUUAAAGAAGCUCCCAGAGUCGUCUUCACUUACAAAAUCAGCCGCUGCAUUACUGUCACCUAUUAAAACAUUGACUACAGAGGCACGCACGCAGCCUACCUUUACUCGAACUUCAUCUCCAGUAAAGUCAUCCUUGUUUUUAGCACCCUCUGCUCUCAAAUUGUCCACACCAUCUUCCUUAUCCUCCAGUCAGGAGAUAUUGAAAGAUGUUGCUGAAAUGAAAGAGGAUCUGAUAAGAAUGACUGCAAUAUUGCAGACAGAUGUCGCAGAGGACAAGCCGUUCCAACCUGACAUACCAAGAGAGGGUAGAAUUGAUGAUGAAGAGCCCUUUAAAAUUGUUGAGAAAGUAAAAGAGGACUUAGUAAAAGUUAGCGAGAUUCUGAAAAAGGAUGUGUGUUUAGAAAGUAAAGGGUCGGCUAAAGUACCCAAAAGUGAUCAAGGACACCUGUCUGAGGAUGACUGGGUAGAGUUCAGUACAGAGGAGAUUGAUGAAGCGAGACAGCAAGCUUUGACAAGCCCUCCUAUAUCUGUUCCAGAGAAGGUCCAAAUUAAAACUAAAACCAUGUCGGACAAGGAUUAUAGCUUGUCAAAAGUUAUUGAUUACUUAGCAAAUGAUAUCGGUAGCAGUUCAUUAACAAACAUAAAGUACAAGUUUGAAGAGGGGAAAAAAGAAGGUGAAGAGAGACAAAAGCGCAUUUUAAAACCAGCCAUCGCUUUGCAGGAACAUAAACUUAAAAUGCCUCCAGCCUCCAUGAGGCCUUCAACGUCGGAAAAGGAGUUAUGUAAAAUUGCAGACUCCUUUUUUGGAACAGACACUAUUUUAGAGUCUCCAGAUGACUUUUCUCAACAUGAUCAAGAUAAAAGUCCCUUGUCUGACAGUGGCUUUGAAACGAGGAGUGAAAAGACACCCUCUGCCCCACAAAGUGCUGAAAGCACAGGGCCAAAACCGCUUUUCCACGAUGUGCCCAUCCCUCCUGUCAUUACAGAAACAAGAACUGAAGUAGUUCAUGUCAUCCGCAGCUACGAACCGUCUUCAGAAGAUAUUCCUGAGCAGAAGGCAGAGGAGCUGCCAGCCUCAAAACCUUCCCCUACAUUUAUGGAGCUGGAGCAAAAACCUUCUGGGUCCAUUAAAGAGAAGGUUAAAGCUUUUCAAAUGAAAGCCAGUGGCAGUGAAGAAGACGACCAUAAGUGCGUCCUCAGUAAAGGUGUCCGAGUAAAAGAAGAAACUCAUAUCACUACAACAACAAGGAUGGUUUAUCAUAAACCUCCAUGCACAGAAAGUACCUCUGAAAGAAUUGAGGAAACAAUGUCUGUUCAUGACAUAAUGAAAGCCUUUCAGUCUGGACGUGACCCUUCCAAAGAACUGGCAGGUCUGUUUGAACAUAAAUCAUCAGUAACAUCCGAUGUUAGCAAGUCUGCUGAAACUUCACCACAACAUGCAGAGAAGGACAGCAAAAUGAAACCCAAACUGGAGCGAAUAAUAGAGGUCCAUAUUGAACAAGGUAAUCAGGCUGAACCUACUGAAGUCAUUAUUAGAGAAACAAAAAAGCAUCCAGAAAAAGAAAUGUAUGUAUAUCAGAAAGACUUACCUCGGGGAGAUAUUAACUUAAAAGAGUUGGAAAAACAUGAUACUUUUCCUUGUUCAGAUGAACAAGGUCAGCAAGAAGAAGAGGAGCUCACGGCCGAAGAGUCACUUCCUUCUUAUCUGGAAUCCUCUAGAGUUAACACUCCCGUGUCCCAGGAAGAAGACAGUCGCCCUAGUUCUGCUCAACUCAUGUCUGAUGACUCUUACAAAACACUGAAGCUUUUGAGUCAGCACUCAAUAGAAUACCAUGAUGAUGAGUUGUCAGAACUAAGAGGGGAGUCUUACAGGUUUGCUGAGAAAAUGCUUCUUUCAGAAAAGCUAGAUGUGUCUCAUUCUGAUACUGAGGAGUCAGUUACUGACCAUGCUCUACCCCUUAGUGCAGAGUUACAGGGGACUGAUAAACGAUGCAGAGAAAAAGUAGCUACUGCCCCCAAAAAAGAGAUUCUCUCCAAAAUCUAUAAAGAUGUAUCUGAAAAUGGUGUAGGUAAAAUGUCUAAGGAGGAUCAUUAUGAUAAAGUGACAGUGUUACACUACACUGGAGAUGUUAGUAGUCACAAACAUGCAAUGUGGAUGCGCUUUACUGAGGACAGAUUAGACAGAGGUAGAGAAAAGUUGAUAUAUGAAGACAGGGUGGACAGGACUGUUAAAGAGGCGGAAGAAAAACUUACUGAAGUAUCCCAGUUUUUUCGGGAUAAAACAGAAAAGCUGAAUGAUGAGCUACAGUCUCCAGAGAAAAAGCAGCAUAAAAAAAAUGGCAAGGAAAUACAUUCUAGCCAGAGCUCUGCCAGCAGCAGCCCUGAGAAAGUUCUGCUCUCUGAAUUGCCAUCAUCUGGGGAUGAAUGGAGUAAGGUGAAGCAAUAUGCACAUGAUGGGAAGUGCUUUCCCAAGGUGGAUGAAAGAAAAGCAUCCAGUUUGCCCAGCAGUCCUGAAAAAAGGAUAUAUGUGCAACCUGUAGAGGACUCUAAACGACCUAUGGAACACAAAGGAAGUGCUCAGCAGACUGGAGUGCCUGAGACUGGGUUUCAGCUGAAGCAAUCAAAGCUCAGUUCCAUUAGGCUUAAAUUUGAACAAGGUAUAACUCCCAGAAGUAAGGAUGUAACUCAAGAAGAAAAAAAGCUGGAUGGUCAGUCCAAAAUUCCAGUUAAAAAAUCGCAAGAAAGUAAGUUACCAGUGUAUCAGUCCUAUCCAAGAGAGAAGCACGCAAAGCAAAUAGAGGUCAUUGAUGGGAGCACAGCUUUGCAGAAAGAGGUGAAAAUACAGGAAGACCUUGUUCCAGGUAAAGGGAAAGCUGUGGAAGACUCUCGUGCUUCAGACACACAAAGAACUGAGAUGAGGAAAAGCGUGCCAGAAUGCUUUUCAGAACCACGGGCAAAAGACCUGGCAUAUGGCUCAGACUCAACAAUGAAGGGACACUGGGACAAAAAAAUCUAUAGGACAUGGGAAAGUCCUGGAACUUCUAACCAUAAAGCACAGAAGGAAAAGCUUUCACAUGUGCUGGUUCCAGAUACAGUAAAAGAAAAUCAUAUUGAUCAUGCUGAAUCUAAAACUGACCAAAAAAGUGAAUUUAUCACUGUGACAGAGCACAAAGUGGCCUCAAAUGGAAUCCAUUCAGAAGAAGUGAAGGAAGUGACUGUAAAAUCCCCCUCAAAAAGGGUUUUAUACAGAGAAUUUGUUGUCAGGGAUGGGGAACGUAAUGGUGAAGUGGCCGAUAAAAUAUCCAAAAGGAAAGAAGAAAUUGCUGUGUCCCAUAUUCCAGUCCGAAUUGUUGAGGAGAAGAGAGCCAUGCUUGAUGGUGUCUAUGAACUUUCAGCUAAAGUAUCCCAGUCAGCUGUGAUUCAGGAGAAAGUUGAAAGACAGAUUGAUUAUGUGGAAGAUGAAAAAAUAAAGCAUUCAGAAGUCAGAAAAGUCACCAAGCAGCAGAGCUCAAUAGGUCUAAGUCCUCCUGCUGAGGAAACAGAGCUAUCCCCUAGCAAAUCACCAGAUUCUUUAGAAUGUAGCCCAGGAAAGGAAUUUCCUUCAAGUGACAUAGUUGACCCCGGUGCUAGCAAUUACUUGAAUAAAGUUGCACCACUAGUAAGCACUGAGGGAGUAAAAGAAAUUAAAACCUUACCUGUUUAUGUCAGUUUUGUUCAAGUAGGAAAGCAGUAUGAGAAAGAGGUGCAACAAGGAAGUAUUAAAAAAAUUGUCAGUCAGGAAAGUAAGACAGUACAAGAGACGAGGGGGACAUUUUACACAGCUAGGCAGCAAAAACAACCUCCUUCUCCACAAGGUAGUCCAGAAGAUGACACACUAGAACAAGUGUCCUUUAUAGACAGCUCUGGUAAAAGCCCUUUAACACCAGAAACACCGAGUUCAGAGGAAGUGAGUUAUGAGUUUACAUCUAAAACACCUGACUCACUAAUAGCUUAUAUCCCAGGCAAGCCCAGCCCUAUUCCUGAGGUGUCUGAGGAGUCAGAGGAGGAAGCAGAGGCUAAGUCAACAUCUGUGAAACAGGCAGAGGUUGAGGAACCACAGAUUGACAAAACAUUACCUAAUCUUAUAAAUAAGGACUCUAACAAAAGACCCAAAGGUAACAGAGUUGCCUAUAUUGAAUUCCCUCCUCCUCCACCACUGGAUGCAGAUCAAGGCGAAUCAGAAAAGAAGCCUCAUUAUUCCACUGAGAGUGAAAUGGAGAUGACUGAAGUGAAUUUGCAAGAUGAACAUGACAAGUGCCAACUGGCUGAACCUGUCAUCAGAGUACAGCCACCUUCUCCUGUACCACCGGGAGCAGAUGUCAGUGACUCCAGUGACGAUGAAUCCCUCUAUCAACCUGUUCCGCUUAAAAAGUAUACGUUCAAACUGAAAGAGCUGGAAGAUGACCAGAAAGAAACCUCAAAACCCAAAGCCCCUGAAAAGAUUGAGAAACAGAAAGAGUUAGGACAUCCCACUUCUGGGAAACCCAAUGAGUUUGACACUGGGCUUGAUUCACCCCAGAAUGAUGUAGUGCAAAAUGGGAGUAACAAUGACCAGUCUGUCACAGAGUGUUCCAUAGCAACCACUGCAGAAUUCUCCCAUGAUACCGAUGCGACAGAGAUUGACUCUCUUGACGGUUAUGAUUUGCAAGAUGAAGAUGAUGGUUUAACUGAGAGUGAUUCUAAACUUGCAGGUCCGGCAGUUGAAACCAAAAAGGACGUAUGGACUACAGAAGGCAUUCUAAAGCAGACUGAUCGCUGCUUUAGCCAGAGUAAGCUUGAAGUCAUUGAGGAGGAAGGCAAGGUAGGCCCUGAAGAAGACAAGACACCUUCAAAAGGUCCAUCUUCUGACAAAGCUGGAGAUAAGAGCGAUAAGAAGUCAGGGGCACAGUUUUUCUCUUUGGAAGGCAGACACCCUGACAGGACUGUAUUUCCUGACUCGUAUUUCAGUUACAAAGUAGACGAAGAAUUCGCAACACCUUUCAAAACUGUGGCCACCAAGAGUCUAGAUUUUGACCCGUGGUCGAAUAACCGAGGUGACGAUGAAGUGUUUGAGACUAAAUCAAGGGAUGAUGAGGCUAAGCCAUUUGGUCUGGCAGUGGAAGACAGAUCUCAAGCAACAACACCUGACACAACACCAGCCAGAACUCCAACAGAUGAGAGUACGCCAACUAGCGAGCCCAACCCCUUCCCAUUUCAUGAGGGGAAGAUGUUUGAGAUGACUCGCAGUGGUGCAAUUGACAUGAGCAAGAGGGAUUUUGUUGAAGAAAGACUCCAAUUUUUUCAGAUUGGUGAGCAUACUUCUGAAGGGAAGUCAGGGGACAAGGGGGAAGGGGAUAAAAGUACAGUCACUGCCAUCACACAGCCACAGGCAGGGGACAGCACUGUAGAAACAAACCUAGAGAGACCAGUAGAAACAACAGCAGUUGAAAAUAAGCCCGGCAUCCAGGCCAGUGGAGAUUGCAUGGAACAAACACUUGGUAGUAACUCACUGGAGAAAUCAUCGGCAGCAGUAAACGCUUCCAAAGUUGAUCCCAAAUUGCGCACACCAAUUAAAAUGGGAAUUUCUGCUUCCACCAUGACUCUGAAGAAAGAUGGCCCUGGCGAAGUGACAGAUAAGAUAGAAGCUGUGAUGCCAAGUGGUGAGGGAUUAGAAAAUGAAACUGUAGCAGUGAUUGCGAGUUCAGCUUCUAGCCAGACAAGCUGUAGGCAAACAGAAAACACUGAUUUUCCAAAAGAUAAUUUUAAUAACAACAACAAUUUGGAUUCAUCUGCUGUCCCUACAGAUGAUAUUACCUGUAAUGUAGUGAUAAAAGAACAUUUGGAACCGAAAUGUUCCCUCCAGAAAGCUAAUCAAGUGAAAAGCACUUCAGGAAAAGGUACAGGGACAACACAAGGACACAGAGUAAGAGAUAAGCAAAAACCCUAUGGAGAGCAGCAGAAGUCAACAGAGUUGGUAGGAGCUAGAGGAAAAUCAAAGCUUCCUAUAAAGGCCAGCUCAGUAAAACAAGUCUUUUCCCAAAAUAAUCUCCAAAGCAAUACAGGGAGUAAAGCAAAAGAGGCUAGUAAGCCUAACAAAGCAAAACAAAAUAAUUCUUCUCCCUGUCUAGAAGCAAGGUCUAGGAUUCCUGUAAAAAGCACACAUAGGAGUAAUCUAGCUAGAAGAACUCCAGCCCUGCCAAAACAAGAGCAGGUAGACAAAGAAAAACCAAAACAACUUCCUUCUAAAUUACCAGUAAAGGUAAGAUCUACCUCCGUCACCAUGACAACAGUUAAAGUAAAGAAAAAUCAGCUUAGGGAGGUAUGUAAACAUUCUAUUGAAUAUUUUAAGGGAAUUAGUGGUGAGACAUUAAAGCUUGUGGAUCGUCUUUCUGAUGAAGAGAAAAAGAUGCAGUCAGAGGUCUCUGAUGAUGAAGAAGACAGUACAUCAAGGAACACAUCCUUAUCAGAAGCUACUCAAGUUUACCUGCCUUCCAUUACACCGAAGUCUGCUAGAGACAUGAGAACAGAGGCAGCAUCUAUAAAAUCAAAGAUUGAAAAGGCCGACAGUGAGAGGAGGAGGAGUAAGAGGACUGGUCCACAGAGUCCAUGUGAACGGACAGAUAUAAGGAUGGCAAUUGUAGCUGAUCACCUAGGACUUAGCUGGACAGAACUGGCAAGAGAACUGAAUUUUUCUGUGGAUGAAAUAAAUCAAAUCCGAGUAGAAAACCCAAAUUCUCUUAUUGCUCAAAGCUUCAUGUUAUUAAAAAAAUGGGUUACCAGAGACGGCAAAAAUGCUACAACUGAUGCCUUAACUUCUGUACUGACAAAAAUUAAUCGAAUAGAUAUUGUGACCCUGUUGGAAGGACCAAUAUUUGAUUAUGGAAAUAUUUCAGGCACCAGAAGUUUUGCAGAUGAAAAUAACGUAUUUCAUGAUCCCAUUGAUGGUUAUCCCUCCAUUCAAGUGGAACUGGAAACUCCCACUGGGUUGCGCUUCGUGCCGCCCACCCCUUUGCACCAGGACGAUUUCCUUAGCGACUCCUCUAGCCUAGAGUCACCCCUUAGAACUCCCAGUAGACUGAGUGACGUGUUAGUGACCUCCCAGGGACACGUAGAUGGUACAGCAGCAGCACCGCCAGUGGUGACUGAAGAGGACACUUCACUGGAUGACAGCAAAGUUGAUUUCUCAGUGCCUAGAGAAGGAACACCUAAAGAUAUUUCCGUAGGCGAGAGCCAGUUGGAGGAAGUGGACCUUAAAGAUUUUCCGCGGUAUCUCGGUAGUUAUGGUGGGAUAUCCAAAGAUGCUAAACAAAGGCAGAGUGAAGAGACUAGUAAAAGAGGAGUGAGGACUGAACAGCCUGAGAGAGAAAAGUCUGGUACUGAUGAGGAGAUGACGGCAGAAAAGUUUAAGUCUCUGUUUGAGGACAUUCAUCUGGAAGAAGGAGCUGAGUCUGAGGAGAUGACGGAAGAAAGAGUGUGGUCAAUUCUUAAAGGUGUUCAACAAGCAGAACGCGAAAUGUCUUCAAUUACAGGUUGGCAGCCUGACUCCUCCAGCGUCUCCGAGGUGCCGACGUCGGGGCGCAGGAUAGGCGGCAGCCUGCUGGAUCGCUUGGACGAGAGUUCGGACCAAUGCCGGGAUUCUGUUACCUCAUAUGUCAAAGGAGAAGGGAAGCCAGAAACAAAUGGAAGCCUAUCUGAGUCCACAUCAGAGGCAAAAACUAAAUCCUACAUCCAGGAAGCUUUAAAUGAUGUGGGAAAACACAGUGACAAAGAAGCCCUGAAAACAAAGUCCCAGAUCUCAACUGCUACUGAUGAGCAAACAUUAUCAUCAACAGCAUAUCAGAAAUCUUUGGAAGAGACCAGCAAGCCAACAACAGAAGGCAGCAAAACAUCUGUGCCUGUCAGUGUGAAGAAGAUGGGCUGGAGUACUUCUGAGGAUGGCAAGCCAAGAACAAGCAUCCAAGAGGAGGAGGGAGCAAUAAUGUCUGAACAGAAGGGUGAGGAAGCAAAAAACAUUCCUGGUGAAUCUGUAAGAGAGGAACAGUUUACCGAUGAAGAAGGCAACGUCAUCACGAGAAAAAUCACCCGGAAGGUAGUCAGACGUGUUGUUAUCCCCCACGAGAGGAAAGUUGGUGAAAUGCAGGGAGAAGCUUAUAAGGUUAAGACAAAGAAAGAAGUCAGACACGUGGAGAAGAAAAGUUACUCAUGAAAGCUAAAAGCCAACCACUGAACGUGUGCUUUUACUGCCAGUAUUCUAGAGGGACACUCCUGGAAGAAAAAUCAACAGGAAUUAAACAUUCACCUAUAAAAGUGUGCGUGUGUUUGCUGCUUCCCCACAUUAACCGCAUGAUUUUUAUGCAAAAAUUUAAAAAACCAAACAAAAAAAAUCCCAAACAAAAAAAUUAAUUUAGCAUGAGCCAAUUUACAGAGCAUGGAAAUUCACAUUCAUUCACAGGAUUGGAGGGUACUCAGUUACCAAUGCAGUGUAUAUACAAGAUGCCAUGCUGUUAACAGCUUCUCUCAAGCAGUUUGAUGUCAUCUCAAAAGAAAUAAAUUCCUGUGGCCAGAGAGGAUGUGCGAAGACGAAAUGGUUAAACCAUGGAAAGACACUAAAAAUACUAAAAUCCACAACAGCUCGCCUUAUUUUUCUUGGACCCAAACUGUCAGGGUAUAAAACACUAUUUGUUUCUUUUUUAAACAUCAAUAGUUUUGCUGUAAAUAAAUAACACUGUAUAAAUUCUAACAAAAUAGAAUAAGUGUUGAUAAGGCACUGCCUUUUCGAUCACAAACAGAAUAUUGCAAAUGCAUUGAGCAGGCUAGGUGUCUCAAAUGGCUGCACCUACAGGGAUAUUCUGGGUGUAUCUUCACAGAUUCUUGUAUAUUAGCAAUUAUAAUGUUUGUAUAUGCAAAAUCGCUAGCUUGAUUUUAAAAAAAUCUUUAAAAUCUGCUGCAAAUUUAAAUGAUUCCCAAAAUGAGGAAUUCUGUAGUUCUGUGAAAAUUUUUCUUCAGAGUACUAAUAUUUUGAUGCAUGUGUUUCACCUUAUUUUGAUUAAAUCUUUUCCAGUUUUGCAAACACUAUUCCGCAACAUGAAAAAUAAGAUUUUAUCUGUAAACACAAAGCCCUUCAUCUAAUAUUUGUUGCUGUUGCCAAUUUUUCAAUGAAAUGACCUAAGACCCAUAACAUAUACAGUAGUUGCAUUAUGGGGAGGGGGGUGCUAUCUGUUCUUGCUUUAUAAUGGGGGUAAUGCUUGCAGCUUUAGAAGUGGGUUGGUGCUCUAAGGAGCAAAAGUUUGGGAUAUUUUUAAAUGAACUGAAGAGAAAUUAUUAGCUAAUAGACUGGCAGCACGCUGUAAAAUUAUUACUGUAUUGUGUACUGGCUAUAAGAUGUAGAAUCUUUCAGUAAGCCAAUCAUCUGUAAUCAUCCUAGCAGUGUAAUAUUAGGUUGUUAAGGCUGCUGUGUUUUAAAGGGCAUUUUUAUUUGGUUUUUGGUGAAAUACUUUAAUUUGUUGAUUAUAUUCAUAUGGAAACAGCAUUCAUUGAUAAUAGCUCUAAUUACAUAUGUAUGAAAACAACAAACACUGGAUGAUCUAGUUGAUUAUUUAAGCAUAAAAUAAAUUGUGUUAAAACUCUUGGA